GUGCAUGCCGGGCGCCUCCUCUUCCUGCCUUGUCUUUGCCGGCGGUGACUCUGCAGAUAGCGCCGUCUUUCCUGGACGCCGAGGCCGCCGCGAUGGUCGGGGUGAAGGCGGUGGGCAACGACGCGGACUUCCAGGGCGAGCUGAGCGCCGCCGGGUCCCGGCUGGUGGUGGCCAAGUUCACCAUGAGAGGAUGUGGCCCAUGUUUAAGGAUAGCUCCUGCCUUCAACGCUCUGAGCAAUAAAUACCCCCAAGCAACAUUUCUGGAAGUUGAUGUGCAUCAAUGCCAGGGAACAGCUGCAACCAAUAAUAUAUCAGCAACUCCAACGUUUCUUUUCUUCCGGAACAAAGUACGAAUUGACCAGUAUCAAGGCGCUGAUGCCGUGGGAUUAGAAGAUAAAAUCAAGCAGCAUCUAGAAAAUGAUCCUGGAAACAAUGAGGAUACAGAUAUUCCAAAAGGAUAUAUGGACUUGAUGCCAUUUGUUAAUAAAGCUGGCUGUGAAUGCCUUAAUGAAAGUGAUGAACACGGGUUUGAAAACUGUUUACGUAAAGACUCUACCUAUUUGGAAUCAGACUGUGAUGAACAGCUGCUUAUUACAGUAGCUUUUAAUCAGCCUGUCAAGCUGUAUUCUAUGAAAUUUCAAGGGCCUGAUAAUGGACAAGGUCCCAAAUAUGUAAAAAUGUUUAUCAAUCUUCCUCGAUCGAUGGAUUUUGAAGAAGCAGAAAGAAGUGAACCCACUCAGGCUCUGGAACUAACACCAGAAGACAUUAAAGAAGACAGUAUUAUCCAGCUUCGUUAUGUAAAGUUUCAGAAUGUUAACAGUGUAACUUUAUUUGUUCAGUCCAAUCAAGGUGAUGAAGAAACAACAAGAAUUGCAUAUUUUACAUUUAUUGGAACACCAGUCCAAGCAACAAAUAUGAAUGAUUUUAAGCGGCAUUUCCCUGGCCCAAAGAAAUAAAAAUCCGGAAGAUUUUUGUUCUUAAAUGACCUUUGCUUACACCGCCCUUUUCUCCCUGCUUCCUCUCUUCACCUAGCAUCUCCUUUCUCCUUACCACAUUUUCACUGCUUUUGGUACCAUCAAUUCUUCUCUGCACCUUCUGGGACAGCUUUCCUGGCUCUCUUGUUUUUCUCAUGGACUCAUGUUUGUUUAAUAUACCAUGUUAAAGUUCUACUUUUGUACAUUCUUCUCUUUUUUUUUUUCCUCUUCAUCAUAUGUAUUAUUGUGCAGCUGGAUGAUUCAUGAUUUACUUAGUAUUCAGACCCAUGUAUCUUCAGAUUUUCUAGAGUGAACCCUUAGUAUCUGCUGGGGUUUGGUUCCAGGACCCUUGGUUGAUAUCAAAAAUCAUGGAUACUCAAGUCCGAUUUAGUGUACCUGAUGGAAAAUGGCAAAAUCAAGGUUUGCUUUUUGGGUUAAGUAAAAAAAAUUAAGCUGUGGAUGCUUGAAUCCAUGGGUAAGGAAACCGCGGAUACUGAAGACCGAUUGUAUUCACGUUUUCACAGUGAAGCAUAGAGGUGGAAGAAGACAACUCCUUUUUCAGAUGCAACCCUAGCAUGGGUGACCUGUGGCUAAAUUUUCUGAAUAGGGUUUCAAGCAUUCAUAGUUCUUUGAAACCCUUCAAAGCAGCAGCCUUUUAAACCUUUAACUGUCCUCAUAUAACCUUUUGUAACUACUAAUUUUAGAACAUAGUAUGAAGCAGCCUUAUAUGAAUCAAAUCCUUGGGCCUUACAGCUUGGGCCUUACGGCUCAGUACUGUCAGUACAGCUAAGUGCUGUCAAUUCUCACUGGCUUCAGUUCUCUAAGCUGCUCAGUGGAGGAGAUCUAGACACUGUACCUGGGACCUUGUAUGUGUAAAGUAUGUUGUCUGCUCUUUAAUGCAAUUUCUAUUGUACAGUGGCCCUUGGUAUCCACUGUGUUUUUGGUUCCAGAUACCAAAAUCUACAGCUGCUCAAGUCCCAUUAGAUUCAGUGGCAUAGUGAAAUGGUGUCCCUUAUAUAAAAUGGUAAAAUUAAGCUUUGCUUUUUAGAAUGCAUAUAUUUUUGAAUAUUUUCAAGACAUGGAUGCUUCAAUCCAUGGAUACAGAAGGCCAACUGUGUAUCCUCAAAAUGUGGAUCCAUCUACUAGCAGCCUGUUCAUUUAUGGAGUUUUUACAUUGUGGUGUUUCUUGUGAUGUAGAAGCUUGAAGUCAUGGAAGUCUUUCACAAGAUCAUUUGAUUAUGUAAAUAUUAAGGGAAGGGACUAUCUAAAGUUGUCACUGCUAUCACAAAAAUGGCUAUAUGAGUUAAACCCCAUCCUUACUAGAUAUAGUCAAGCAAAUCAAUAAAAAUAAUAGAGUAGUAUUAUAAAGUGCUGUAAUAAUCAUUACUGCCUUUUUGGUGUUAUCUUCUUAACCUGAAACAUUAAUGAACUCAAGCAUAAUUCACAUCCCUUGAGUACUUCCAUUUCCUUCUGGCACUUUUCAAAUAGAAGUCCAAUCUAGAAUGUGGUAUGUUUGUUGUUCUUACCUUCCUCGUGACUCUAUCAUAGGUUUAUAUCUUGGCAAAAUAUAGCCAGAGUUUGCUUCUCCCUUCUUCUAAGGCUGAAAGAAUGUAACUUCCACAGUCACCCAGUGGGUUUCUAUUGCUGAAUGGGGAUUUGGACUCUGGUCUUCUGGAGUCCUGGUCCAACACUCAAAUCACUAUACCACUUUGGCCCUUUAAUGAUACAUUAUCUAUUGGGUUCUAUCAUGCAGCAUGAUAAUAUUAAAUAAUGAAGUUUGGAAAGAGUUGGCAGGGUUAUGCUGCACAUGCCAUAAUGCAGGCCAGUUUGGAUAGUGUUGUGUAUGAGUUACUUCUAAAUGUGGUAGAACUACCAGUCACAUGUCAGCACUAAUUGAAGUUUCUUAUAAAAAAUGGAAAAAUCACUUUGCUUCUUCUGUAAAGUGUACAGGUCAUAGCAUUAAAAGGUGUACCCAUAGAAAAGAUAUAUCUUAUUGAAGGGAAAUUAUGCUGUUGCUUUUAUGUCUUUAUUAGUCCUAAUGAUUAUGUGUCAUUGUAAAGAUGGAAAUUCCUCUGGCAGUUCUAACAAUGCUGACAAACAAUGCCAAAAUGUUUAAUU